AUGGCCACCAAGGCCCCGGGCCCGCCCAAGUCCACGACCCCGUCCUCGGGGACCACGGCCACUCUUCGCGCUCUGUACAGUGCCAUGCAGUCUAUAGAGAACCGGCUGGGAGGCGGGGAAGGAGUGGAAGGCUUGUACGGCUCCAUCACCUGCACCGGUACGCAAAAGGUGCUCGCCGCCAUGUCCAAGCACUGUGGCUUGGACAAGGACUCCGUGCUGGUGGACAUUGGCGCGGGCCUGGGCAGACCCCUCUUGCAUGCCCUGAUCGAACCCGGGGUCAAGGCCACCCAUGGCGUGGAGCUGGACCAGAUCAAGGUGGACAAGGCCCACGCUUUCCUCAAGCAGACGGCGCAACGGCUCCAGGCCCGGGGCCUGGUCCGCGCUGACAUGGUGCUGCCCACCAUGCAGUGCGCUGCCAUCGAGCAGGUAGCUGCCUUCGGGCGCCUCUUCCGCUCCAGCCCCAGCCUGCGCGGAGUUGCGGUGGUCCAGCGCGCCAUGCGCACCGACCCAGAGGCCGCCAUGGCUGCCAUGGGCUUCGGGCCCCUGCUCCUCAGGGCCUCCUUCCCAGUGUCCAUGUCGGGCAGCGGCCGCAGCUUCACCGCCUACAUCUUCCAGAGGUCGGAUGGCGGCUCAGAGGAGCAGCAGCGGAAGGCUGCCCCCAGUACCAGCGUGCAAGAGGAGGUCCCAACGCCCUGCCGGUCCCAAGACGACGCCGUCGUCCCUGCAGAGGAGAGCUCGGGCUUUGAGACCAGGGACCGACCGGACGGGGCCCUAACCGCGCGCCAGUCACGGGCGAGCGCGCGGCGGACGGCUGCGGUCCAUCCCUCGGCCGACGAAGAAGGCUGCGUGACAGGGCCCCCGCCGCUGGGCGCUGCCAGAGGCCUGGAGUGA